ACCUGUUCAUGGAAUAUUGGUUUUAUUAUUUUGCUCAUAUUUGUUGGAAUUUAUAUCCGUUAUAGUGAGUUUUACGUUUAACCAAAUUGUAUAUAUUUCACAUGUAUGUCUUUUCAUUCAAGACAAUUAUUCAGGGCCCGAUUUUGAAUGGUUGGAGUGGAAUACUUGUGUAAGAUUAUCCUAUGGUUGAAGUUUCUGAAACAUAUUUUUAAAACUUAUUGCUUCAUUCGGAUUAAAUUUGUGAAAAGACCAAACAUAAAUGUUUGCUAAUUUUCACAAAAUUGGAUAUCGUUUCUGUUAUUUGUUGAUCUUGUCUGGUAAGGACAAAGAAGGUUGAAUUAAUCGGCAAGGAAAAGAACUGUUCACUAAUUUUUGGGAAAAAUAGUGUUUGGAUGUCGACAUAGUUUGUAUUGUGGUUUAGUUGAGUUGAGAUUUAUGAUUUAGAUGAUAGGUAUUGUUAGCGCAUUGUGCUGAUCACAUGAAGGUAUUAUCCUCUUUGGAUGUCACUACAUUGAAGAGCAACAAUCCUCAAGCUUUUGACUCCGGCUCUAGAGAGAGCCUGGGGGCACCUCUUGAAGCCGUUGAGAGAGGAAUCCAUGGCCAUCGAAGUGCGAAAGUGCAUGUUGCUUUGAUCUCAAGACCUCUAGGAAUAUAGAGGUACUUUGGGCAACCAUGUUACCACUUGGACUCCAAGUUAGAACUACCAUGUACUCUGCUGUUCAAUGACCAUGGAUUUUGCUCUUCAGUGGCUUAAGAGGUGCCCCUAGCCGAAGUCAAAAACCCUGUGGGUGCAUCACUCUUCAGCAGUCACUAUGUAGCACGACACUCAAAGAGGAUAAUACCUUUGUGUUAUGAGCAUGGUGCUUAUUGCUCUAACAGGUUCUGAGAAUGGAGACGCAGAAGCUAGACAGUCAUAUGCAAUCAGCUGCAGCUUUUGUGCAAGGGGGAAUCCUGGAUGCCAAUGACGAUUCUUGUAGCAUAUGCCUUGAGGAGUUUUCUGCUAGUGAUCCUUCUACGGUGACCAAUUGUAAGCAUGAGUUUCACCUCCAAUGUAUUCUUGAAUGGUGCCAGAGAAGCUCACAAUGUCCAAUGUGCUGGCAAGCCAUUAGCUUGAAGGACCCUGCAAGUCAAGAAUUGCUUCAAGCAGUAGAAACGGAAAGGAGCAUUAGGGUUACUGCACCAAGAAAUACUGCCAUAUUUCACCAUCCCGCCCUUGGUGGUUUUGAAUUGCAACAUUUGCCGGUUGGUGUAAAUGACCCUGAACUUGAAGAGCGUAUAAUUCAGCACUUGGCUGCUGCUGCUGCAAUGGGAAGGACCCACCACGCUGGUAGGAGGGAGGGCCAGAGAAGAUCUGCUCAUAGUCACCAGCACUUCUUGGUGUUUUCUCAUCCUAGCACACAGCACCCUGGUUCUGGAUCAUCAGCUCAGACACAGACAGCAGGAGAAUCUGAAGCACCUGCAAUCACCGUAGCCAGGCCAUCCGGUCCACUAUCAUCUAGAGAUGAGGCUUCUCCUUUUCCAUCUAGUCAGAAUACAUCAGCUUCUGGAUCUACCGUCAGUCCUGUGAAUAGACGAGGAUUUUCCUUUAAUAAUCGAAGCACUUCUAGUAAUUCCUCAUUGCCAAAUCAAGAGGGAGCAGGACCAUCAGAGUUUCAGUCAUUUUCGGAGUCUAUAAAAUCCAGACUUAAUGCAGUGUCCUGGAGAUAUAGGGAGUCAAUUUCAAAGAGUACAAGAGGCUGGAAGGAGAGGUUGUUCUCACGUAGUUCUUCUAUGUCUGAUAUCGGGAAUGAAGUUCGUCGAGAAGUGAGUGCAGGAAUAGCUAGUGUAUCUCGUAUGAUGGAGCGUCUUGAAAUCAAUGGAAAUAGCAGAGAAAACCAAGCUGCUUCUCUGUCACAACAUUUGUCUGAAUCUUCUGUUACAGAGCAAGACAAUCAGCGUAAUACAGGGCCACGUGGCAUUAUCCCUUCACGACCUCCGCAUGCCACUAGUUCUCUUUCUAGAUAAGAAAAAUUAUUUCUGCAAAUUGAAUCUAUCCUCAGCUUUUCAUCUCUGUAGGUUCUUGUUUCUCCAGAGAUGACAAUCUGAGGAAAAGAUGGUCUGCAUUUUUUUAUUCUCAUGGACAAAGAUUCCUGGAGGUUAUUAAAUGGAAGAGGGCAUUUCCAUCUCGAUAUAUAUAGAGAGAGAAAGCGAGACUUUAUAUGAUUUUAUGAUGUAUCUGUAUAUGUAAAGCCUGCUUUAGUGCAAUAUAUGUAUUUAUGUCUGGUGACUGAUGGCUAAUUUGAGUGCGUGAAAGUUGGAGGGAAACAAUGAUACUUGAUGGAUUAUGAAACAACAUCCUUCAAAUAAUUUGCUAAAAGGUCUCUCUCUUUACAUUGCAAUCCAUAGCUAUGUUUAGCCCCA